AUGGUUAGUAAAUUGCCAAAAAUCGCACCAAAAACAGUGAUUAAUCGCACACAAACGCCAGUGAUGGUAUGGCUACGUGAUAAACUAAAUGCAAUAUAUCGAGAUCGAACUACGCCACCACCUGGCUUACCAACAUCCGAUGGUGAGAGCAGAUUUUAUGAAAUGAAUCGUUUCCCGAAUACACAAGCAGCUCGAAGUCGUCCUUCUGUAUCGUUACCUGGUGGUGUAUAUCACAAGUCAUCCGAUAAUUAUUAUUUGGACAGAGAUGCUCGGCGCAGUGUUCAACCCCCGAAAUGCAUAUAUACCGCAGAUUCACACGGCCCUAUUUUCAAAAGCAUUGACGGCGAGAUAAUAAGUUUUGAAGCAGCAACAGAAGUAAAAGCAGGCUUGCGAAAAAAUUUUGGUCUGGAGUCACCAACUCCGGGUUUCGGGUAUGCAUGGCACCGGAACAAAGAGGAGGAAUUGCCUACGCCAAAGUAUUCGAAAGAUUUGGCUGCACUGGAAAAAUACGACAAAUUCGCGUAUAGUGAUUAA